CACACCUGCCUUUCUCCCUAGGACCCGUGCUCACCUGGGACGAUGCCUACCACCACGAAGACACUGAUGUUCUUAUCGAGCUUCUUCACGAGCUUCGGGGCGUUCGUGGUAAUCUGCGUUAUUCUGGGGACCGCUGGGUGGGUCAGCAGCACCAUCGCCGUCAGUGAUAACUUCUCCAACGGCAGCAUUAUCAUCACCUACGGACUCUUCCGCGGGCAGAGCACUCAGCAGCUGACGCAUGGACUUGGGGACUCGGACAAAGAUUUUGAAGUUUUAGCGAGACUGGACGACUCUGCCCCGAAGACCCUGCAUUCGGUGGUGAUCCUGUCCCUGGUCCUCAGCUUGUGCGCGGCGCUGCUGAGUGCCGGGUUCACCUUCUACAACAGCGUCAGCAACCCCUACCAGACCUUCCUGGGGCCGCUGGGGGUGUACACCUGGAGCGGGCUCAGCGGGUCCUUCGCCUUCCUGGCCCUGGUGCUGUUUGUGGGGAACGUGCAAGCCAACCGCCUGUCGGAAGUGCUGGUGCAGUCGCUCUACCCACGCUACCCACCGGCCACGCAGCGCGGGACGGCGCACAGCUACGGCAGCUCCUUCUGGCUGCUGCUGCUCGUCCUCCUCCUCUGCAUCGUCACCGCCGUCAUCAUCGGCUUCUUCCAGAGGGCGCGGCGCCGGCGCCGGCAGGAGCAGCGGAAGCCGGUGGAGCAGGCGCCCCGGGACGGCAUCCUCUUCUGAGCGCGGC